AGGAAGCGCGCCACUUUCCCAGUGACUCGCAGUCCGGAACACUUGGGCCGGACUUCGCAUUUCCGGCUAACUUGGUAGGAAUCGGGGAAUCUCUGGUUCUGUAGAUUCUUUUAAUGGAUUGCAACUUCAAAGUAGUUGUGAGUGAAUUUUCUUUCUUUCCGCAUACUCGAUCUGCUGGUUCUUCUCACGGCGAUACUCUUCCAUACCCCCACACUUUUGACUGGAAAAAGCGACAAUGGCAACCUUUACCAACAUCCGCGAGCAAUUUGAGCUUCGUGGACGCAACUAUGUUGUGACAGGCGGUGCUCAAGGAAUUGGCUUCUGUCUGGUCAAUGCGAUUGCUCAAAUGGGUGGUAAUGUGGUCGCGCUAGACCUCAAGGAAACCCCAAGUGAGGGCUUCCAGGCUUUGGGGCAGAAAUAUGGCGUCACCACUGGCUACGUGAAGGCAGAUGUCACAGAUGAGAAAAGCAUCAGCGACGCUUUCCAAAGUGCUGUCGGCAUUCUAGGAGGGGUGGAUGGAUGUAUUACGUGUGCCGGCAUCGCAUUGGAAAAGCCAUUCGAGCAGACCACCUUCGAUGAAGUUAGCAGAAUACAGAACGUCAACGUUGUUGGAACUUAUAUCACAGCCCAGCUAGCGGCAGAGCAGAUGAAGAAGCAAGGCACUGGCGGGAGCCUGAUUCUUGUUGCCUCAAUCACCUCUCAUACAGUCCUCCCGUUUCACCACAUGUCGGCCUAUGGUGCUUCAAAGGGUGCGGUCAAGAUUUUGUCCGAGGCCCUGGCUGUGGAGCUCUCGCCAUCCAAAAUUCGAGUCAACAGCAUCUCCCCUGGAUUCAUCGACACUGAGAUGACCCAGGAGGUCCGCAACGCGAAUCCUAUUAUGAAUGAUAUUAUGAACAAGACGCCGCCUCUGCAACGGAUCGGUACUAGAGACGAUCUGAUGGGUGCGGUUAUCUACCUUUUGAGUGAUGCGUCAAGCUACACCACCGGGUCGGACAUUGCGAUCACUGGUGGACUGCAUAUUGGUCGGUUCAUUGGCACCUGAAUCACGACUCAUCGUCCAUAGUUCAUGUCUUCAUCAAUAUCUAGGGGUCAGCGAUUGGUCAAGACUAAUGUCUCUCGUAGAUUGAUA